GGAGGUAUGAAAUUCACCGAACGGUAAAAAUGGGUUCCCGUUUACCCCCUGAUAGGUUGAUGUAUUUCGUUAUUAUUAUCCCCUUCUAGGCGGUAAUAAUAUUGGAACGGAUGAAAAUAUUGUGACAGUGCAAAGACAAGAAAAGAGAGCUAAAUCGCAAAACUUCUUUUAAUUUCGUCACUGUACAGGGUUCAAGUUCUGACUACACGAGCCGUAUUGAAAUUAUGACAAAACAGACAAUGAUGACCCUAGUUAUUAUAAGUAUUCUUCUAUUCUUAGCAUCAACCGAUACGAGAAAUACUGUUUCAUCAAAAAGUUGCAGAUUUAGACAACGCACCACUUUCUGUGUUGGGCUAAAUCUUACAUACAUUCCUGAAAUACCUGUAACAAAUAUUGAACUUCGUUUUGAAAGAAACUAUCUACCAUAUAUUAAUGUGACUACAUUGUCGAACAUUAGCAAUGCAGCCAUAAAGUUGUUAUUUUUUAAAUCGAAUUUUAUUAAAACGAUUGAAGAAAAUGCGUUCCAAAAUAUUAGUACACUGCAUAGACUUGAUUUAUCUUGGAACAAUAUAACAAAAUUUAAUUACUCAAUUUUAAAACAAAACAAAAAAUUACAAAUACUUAACUUAUUCGGCAACAAAAUAUCUUCUGUCACCUUAGAUUUCAACCAAUAUCUUGAAAAGCUGUAUCUUGGUAACAACAACUUGAGAGAUUUACCAAACUUCUGUGGUCCUCGAAUAUUUUACCCUAAUUUAACUAAUUUGAAACUCCAACACAAUAAAAUCGAUAAUGUUAUUCCCGAUCAUAUUAAUUGUAUGAAGAAGUUGGAUUAUUUAGAUUUGUCAGCCAACGGUAUUGGAAUCUUUAAAACGGACGACUUCCAUUACUUACCGUCGCUAAGAUACCUGUCGUUGCUUGAACAAAGAAACCCAAGACCACCUUUCACAAUACAAGAAAGGGCUUUCAACAACAGUCAUUUGAAAGAAUUAUAUCUUACCGGGAAUAUCUUGUCAUCUUCACACUUAUCGCCACAAGCAUUUGAUGGUUGUGUCAAUCUACAAAUAUUGAGAUUAAUGUCAAAUUUUCUCGGCAGCGAUAUUGAUAUUUUAAAUAAAGCCCUUUCCCCAUUAACGUCUUUGGAGACAUUAGGCUUGGGGGAUAAUAGCCUGUUUUCCCUGCCAAAGGUUAUUGGAGAGAAACUUCACAAAUUAAAAUACUUGGAUGUCAAAUUUAAUAAAAUAAAAUCCUGGCCAGCGAAUUUCUUUAAGAACAACACACAGUUAUCAGACAUAAACUUAGAACUAAAUGUUAUUCAAACAGUUACACGAGGAAUGUUUCCUGUACAACUAAGAAACAGUCUUAAAACGAUUAGACUUGACAAUAAGACGUUUAUUUGUAACUGUGACAUAUAUUGGUUUAUUCAAUGGAUGCGUAGCGAACAUCAGAAGUUUCUUGGUUAUCCGAAACGUUACAGAUGCCUUAAUAUAACCGAGAAGGUUUGUCUGAAUAAUUCAGAGACCUACACUGUUGUAACAAUUGUCAUAUGUGUUUUACUUUUAGUAAUUGUAUCGGCAUCAUUUGUGUAUAAAUAUAGAUGGCAUAUUAAAUACCAUAUUUACAUUUGGAGAUACAGACAAAAACAGUUAAUGCAUAUUGCAGAAAAACAAUUUGUUUACGAUGUUUUUGUGUCGUACUGUGUUGAAAACAGCAAUUGGGUAUUUGACAAUCUUGUUCAUAACUUAGAAGAGGAUGCCCACGUCAAACUAUGUAUCCAUGAAAGAGAUUUUCUGGGUGGAAAACUAAUCAUUGAUAAUAUUAUUCAACACAUGGAAAACAGUCGGAAAAUCUUAAUCAUUUUGUCAAAUGAAUUUGCUAGAAGUCAGUGGUGCCAAUUUGAAAUAAGUUUAGCCCAGAAUUUGGUUUUAGAUAUGAGUAUUGAGUCAAUAGUUGUAGUAUUUCUAGAAGAGAUAGAGGCCAUUAAUAUGAGUAAAUCAUUACAUGCUCUGUUAAAAACUACAACUUACAUCACUUGGAACGGUGACGUAGAAGGUAUAUUUUGGGAAAGAUUAAAAGCGUCUAUCCUUACGUAACUUUAUGACCAGAGGCCACUGGGCUGCAGCACGUAAAUCCCACGUUUCACCCGACCUUGGGUGUUGCUAUAAUUUUGUGCUUUCAAUGACACUGACGUCUCUGUAAAUACAUGUAUUACAAAUAGACAUAAAAAAAUAAUAAUAAAGUGUAUGAUUUUAAUGAUAGUUAUUUCCCUUUAACCCCACCUAUGAAAUCCGCCAUAACCGCACAAUGACAGUUUGGUCUGGUUGUCGAGCGUGGUGUACCAGUGUUUCUCUGUGUCACACAGCUGUAUUAUUUAAAUGUAAUGAUUUGCAGACGAUUAAUAAGUAGAUCUUCCUUUUUUAACUUAAAAAUCAUCAGUUAUGUGUAAAUAUUUACUUAUCCGUAAGGUAUUGAUGCAUGUUUGUACUUUUUGUUUAAAAUUUUUGAUGUUUGUGCUUUUUGUUUAAAACUUUUUGAUGUUUGUGCUUUUUGUUUAAAACCUUUUGAUGUUUGUGCUUUUUUUGUUCUAUAAAACCAUGUGAUGUUUGUGCUUUUUGUGAAAUAUUUGAUGUUUUGCGUGUAUGUUUAUAUUCAGGGCGGAUGAGGGGGUCGUAAUUUCUGGUACGCCGUGUAGGAAACCACAAGGGUUACCUAACCCUAACUGAGAAUUUCCAAUUGAUGAAUACCCAGUUAACCCAAGCAAUACGGGAUGAAAUGUCGUUUAGCGUUUCUUUUGAAAUUAGACCACAUCUGCAAAACCUUCGCGUAUGGAUGCCUACUUCUGUAUAUAUCUCUAAGCAACCUGCAAGCAAGAAGUGGUUCAAGGAAAUAUCAUUUAUGUCUUUACUACUUUAGUGUCUACAUGGAAUUAGGGAUGAAGGAAAAUUAAGGCUAUAAAUCACAGCUUUAUCCCUAUUAUUAUAUUGAAAUGACUUUUUAACUAUGUAUAUACAC